UUACUAGUGAAUACGGCCAAUAGCAGAAAGGGAAAAGGAGAGAGAUGAAUAUUUGAAAUUAUAAUAUUUUUAAUAUAAACUGGAUAUUUCUUAUAUUUAUUUAUUAAUUAAAAAAGUAAUAAAAAUUAAAGGAAUAAUAAGAAUGAAAAAAUUUGUUAAAACAUAGUUGAUGAUGAUUUGAUUUCUGUGCGCAGAUUAUGAUUGACAAAAAAAAAACCAUUUUACUUGGGAAUACUUUCGCUUGAUUUUGCUACAGGAUAUACAGCAAACAAUUAUCAGACUGUCAAAAACAAUUAUCAAUCAGAUUGUCAGAGUUUUAAGUUAUAUCUUACGAAAAGUUUAUCAAUUCUAGAUGUGUUUAUUUACAUAUAUAUACAUUGUUUUAUUUAGCAUCCCAAGAUGAGAAAUGCAUAAUUAAUUAAGAUACAGAUAGCUGAUUUUUAAAUUCAGAACAUUUUUACAAUCUUAAAGAUUCGAAGAUACUCAAUAAUAGUGUAAAUUGCAAUAUUUGCAAAAUCUAAGCGAGAAUGUCAGCAUAUGUUAUGUGCUUAACUUCUUCUGGAGGGAUUCCUUUGUUUUCUCGCCAGAAGGGAGACAGUGAUACAAUGACAUUUUCAAAAAUUGCAUCCCUCAAUGGAAUUCAUAUGUUCUUAAAAUCACAAGAUAUCAGUUUGUUAAGUACUGACUUGCCAGAUAUGACAGUAAUAUGGAAAGAAUUUGAGCAAUGUAUUAUAUUAAUAGCAAUUGCAAGCGGAGUAACAAAAUAUAUAUUGGAUAAAUUUCUGGAUGCUACUUUUGGUGCAAUGGUCCUUUUCACUGGCAUCGAUGAAAUAAAAAAUUCUAAAAAUAUAGAGAGACUUAAAAAGGACAUGCGUCUCUGUAGUUCUAUUAUUGAUAGCUUAAUGGAUUGUUUGGACAUAGGAGAUAAAAUUUCUACAAAAACCAAUAUGAUUAAUAUGACAGAAUGCAUCAUAUCAGAAAAUAUUUUGCUUCAGAUAUGUAUUCAAGACUUGUUUGGAAGGAUUUAUGGAAUAUCUGGACUCAAUAUAUGGAUGUGUUCUGGUGCAUGGUUGUGUGGCAGCUGCUACAGAAGGCUGGUGGUCCCUAGAUCCUGUGGAAAGAAAAUUGUUAACGAUAGCAAUUACUUCAGAGAGUAUUUGUACUACACAUGAUAUUCCAGUUUUUUUACCUUGUAAAAGUCCAAAUGUAAGCAUUUUUCAAGAAAUGUGUAUAUA